AUGGAGAGACAGAAUCUAACUGUGCCAACUAAUUUCAUUCUGAGUGCAGUCUCCAGCCUGCCUGAGCUGCAGCUCCCCCUUGCCUGGAUCUUCCUCAUCAUCUACAUGAUUACAGUUACAGGCAACCUGGGCAUGAUCAUUCUGACCAAGCUGGAUUCCCACUUACUCACACCAAUGUAUUUUUUUAUCAGACACCUGGCUUACAUUGACCUUGGAGAUGCCACCGCCAUUUAUCCCAAAAUGCUGGUGAAUUUUGUUAUGGGUCAAAAUACCGUUUCCUAUCUCGUUUGUGCCGCACAGAUGACAUUCUUUGUUACGUUCAUCAUCAGUGAACUUUUCGUUUUGUCAGCCAUGGCCUACGACCGCUAUGUGGCCAUCUGCAACCCUCUGCUCUACAACGUCAUCAUGUCCCAGACACGUUGUCAUGUGCUCCUGGGCAUUCCGUACCUCUAUAGCAGUUUUGUUGCCCUGCUGAUCACUAUUAAGACUUUUACAUCUACUUUCUGUAGCUCUCAGGUCAGUCACUUCUACUGUGAUGAUGUUCCUCUAUCACUUAUGCUGUGCUCAAAUGGACGAGAAGUAGCAUUGAUGAUCAAUCUAUUUGCAGGUUUUAACGUGACAUCCUCCUUCCUGGUAGUAUUAUUGUCUUACCUUAUGAUUCUCUUAGCCUUAUGUCGAAUGCAUUCUGCAGAAGGAAGAAAAAAAGCUUUCUCCACCUGUGCUUCUCACCUGACCGUGGUGGUGGUCUUCUACGGGACUCUUUUCUUCAUGUAUGUGCAGCCCAAAUCUGCUCAGUCCUCUGACCUUGAUAAACUGUCCUCUGUCUUUUACACUUUAAUGAUCCCCAUGCUAAACCCAGUGAUCUACAGUUUUAGGAACAAAGAAGUAAAAAGUGCCUUCUACAGGAUCUUCAGGAAUAAGUUUAAAGUUUGUAUUUAG